AUGUUUUCAAAUCCAAUUUAUAACCUUCCAUCACAAUUUAAUGAAAAUUUAUUAACACAAAAUUUAGCUGGCCUUUCUCUAAAUCGUGCUCAACCAUAUCAAGAUCAACAACAACAGCAACAACCACAACAACAACAGCAACAACCACAACAACAACAACAGCAACCACAACAACAACAGCAAAAUGUCGAUUUUGAAACACUUCAAUAUUCACAACAACAACAAAUGCCAAAUGAUGCGGAAGGUUAUGUUCCACAAACAUUUGAUGAUACCAAUGUCAAAUGGUCAUCACCAGAUGAAGUCAGUGCUGCAUAUCAACGUGGAUCUCCUUUUGUACGCCAGUAUAAUAAUUCUAUGAUUGAUGAUUAUUAUAAGAAAUUUGUUCGUCCAAUUACUGAUUAUGUUGCUAUACCAACAACUGGUCAACCAACUUAUGUUUAUCAAAGUCUCGAUGGACAACAAACAACAAAUGAACCAUUACCAACUCAACAAUCCAUGAGUGGAGGUAAUACUAUGCCAAACGAAUUAAAUUCAUCUAUGUUUACGAAUGUUUCACAAACAAAUACGGAUGGAGCUGAAGAAAAAAAACAUAAGAAAAAACAUAAAAAACGAUCUUCAAAACAUAGUCAUGGUGAUAGUUCUAAACAUAAUGAUACUGAAAAACUAAUUGAUGAACGAAAAAAUGAAUUAAAUGAUGAUGUUGAUGUCCAACAAACACCUCCUAUGGGUUUAAAUGAGCACAUUGGUAAUACAUAUCAUCAACAACAACAAUUGGCUACUACUCUUUCUGAAAGCAAAUUAAAUGGAGGUGGUCCUCAGAUACCUAUGAAACAUGAAGCUAAUCCAGUUGUGUAUUUUGAUAUUGAAAUUGAUGGUGAUCCACGUGGUCGUCUUAUUAUGGAACUUUUUCGUCAUGUUUUACCACGUACAGCACAAAAUUUCUUAUCAUUAUGUUUAAAUGAACAUGGUUUUGGUUUUCGUUUAUCAUAUUUUCAUCGUAUUAUACCAGGUUUUAUGGCACAAGGUGGUGAUUUUGAAAAGUCAAAUGGUACAGGUGGUUAUUCAAUAUAUGGUGAAAAAUUUGAAGAUGAAGGUUUUCCAUAUCUACAUGAUCGUGCUGGUCUUUUAUCAAUGGCAAAUAGUGGUCCAAAUACAAAUGGAAGUCAAUUUUUUAUUACAUUUGUUCCAUGUCCACAUUUAGAUAAUAAACAUGUGGUAUUUGGACAAGUUUUACAAGGUUUUCAUAUACUUAAAGAUCUUGAUUUGAGUGGAUCGGAAAAUGGUGAUGUAUCACGAGAAGUUAAAAUUGCAAAUUGUGAUCAACUUCAAUAA